AUGUCAUAUAAAAACAUAAACUAUAUUGCAUCGAAAUUUUUAAAAAUUUUAAGUAAGCAAUUCAAUCUGCAGGCACAAAAUUUGCUAUUGAAAUAUUCAUUGACUUGUUCGUUUAUUUGUUAUCACUUUUACAAUUCCUAAGCUAAUUUUAAUUUUAAUUCAAAUUAUAAAGUUCUCUUAUACCUUGAAAACAAUAUUAGAUAAUUGGUAUAUGUAGGCAAAUUACUUAAACAAAAAUUUAAUAUGAAAAAAAUUUGAAAUAGAAUAGAAAAAUUUUGAUAUAUAAUUUAAAAAGAGACAAUAAUUUAGGAUUCUCUACUAAAAUUUAUCUAAUUGAACUAACCUUAUAAGCUUUACUAUUUAGCGUUUUGUUAUUGCUUCAAAUUUCAUUAUUUGACAUAUUGGUUAUCAUCUUACCUGAAAAUACAUCCAUCUAAUUGAUAAUCAAACAUGUAAGAAAAAGUUCAAAUUUUAUUAGAAAUAUUAUAAGUUUUAUUAAGCUACUGUAAAAACAGGUUGUUUAUUAUUAAAGAUUCCAUAUUCAGAUCACUUACCUUAUUAUUUAAUAGGAUAUUCAGUCAUCUUAUCAUAUUUUUUAAAUAUUUAUUUUAGUUUUCCAAAUUUGGAUAUAGUAUAUUCUAUUUUAUCUCCAAUAUUUUUAUUAAGAGAAUUUUAAAUUGAUGCUACUUUGAUUAUAGAGAUAGAAGAUAAAUCAUUAAUUUAAUAAAGAUAAUUUAGAUAUUGA